AUGUCUUCUGAAGGUGGUAGCAAGUCACCAAGCUCCCAAGUAUACAAGAAGAGGUUUGUGGCCAAUCUACACCGCGUUACGACUGAAGCUCAGUUCCAGAGGUGGCAGGCCACUUAUGCUUCUGCAAUUCCUGAUGAUGUGCAUAUCAAGCUGGCGAAGCCUUUGACUGACCAUGUGCCUUGUGUGGAUGCAAAUGACCCAAAUGCCAAAAUUAUCACAUUCUGUCCCUUUUAUUUCUCCUUGGGCUUCAAAUUCCUGCUGUCAAAGCUUUUCAAGGAGAUGUUUUGUACCAUGGGGUGUGCUCCGAGUCAGUGUACUCCGAACGUUUACUGGGCGAUCAUGUGUUUUGAAAAUCUAAGCCGUUUCUUCAUGUUGGAGCUGACGGUGCGAGAGUUCUUCUAUUUUUUCGAAGUGAGGCACUUCGAGGAGUACGCCCAAUUAAGGAGAUCACGUGUGGCACAACGAUGGGAGGGUGAUGGUCCACUUGUUCCCAUCACCUAUUGCAAUGAUAUGUCUUUCUACGUGAGUGACAUCAACAAGAAAUUGAAGCUUGGACCGGACAUGUCUUCUGCUUGUAAGAGAGUUCAUCUACCUGGGUGA